AUGCCAGUAUCAACAGCCAGUGACAACGGAGACGAGGACGACUUCAUCGUUGAUAUCGACGGCAUCCAAGCCCAUGAGGAAAACAAAACUGACGCGGAAAAAGGCGUGGGAGCGGCUGAUAUCACAAAGCUGAAGGUCAACGGUUUCUACACUGUUGCGUCUGUUCAUGGAGCCACACGCAAGACGCUGCUGAAAAUCAAGGGUUUCAGUGAAGUGAAAGUUGAGAAGAUCAAGGAAGCUAUCCAAAAGUGUCAGCCCUCUGCCUCUGGAUUCAUUACUGCCAUGGAGCUUGGGCACCAGCGAAAGAGGGUAGUUAAGAUCUCAACAGGCAGCAAACAGUUUGACACCAUACUAGGAGGGUAUCAGCCAUACUUCUCUUAUGAAAUAAAGAAGAAGCCAAAAAAAGAAAGAAAGCCCGAAACUGACGGUUCACUGCCCAAGGAUAUGGGUGGUGCAGAAGGCAAGGCAGCCUACAUUGAUACAGAAGGCACCUUUCGGCCCGAACGAAUUGCCCAGAUUGCGGAACGGUUUGGCGUUGACCCGGACUCAACACUGGAAAACAUAUCAUAUGCUCGAGCGCUGAACAGUGAGCACCAGUUAGAGCUGCUUAACACGCUAGCCAAGGAGUUUGCUAGCGGCGAGUAUCGCCUGCUUAUCAUUGAUAGUAUCAUGAACUGUUUCCGGGUGGACUACUGUGGGAGAGGAGAGCUUGCAGACCGCCAGCAGAAACUGAACCAGUUCCUGAUGAAGCUGGCUCAUAUGGCAGAGGGUAUGUAG